CAUCCAGCGGAAGUAAACAAACCAAGCGCCAGAUUUAGCCGCGUGAGUUAAAUUCACUGGAAGACUUUAUUGCAGUCGUAGGGCCGAUAAUUAUUUCCUUUGAAAUUAACCAACUUGUCUUCAGUUGAGUGUUUGAGAGAGUUUGUCAACGAGCGACUAACUGCUGAAGAAAUAUUCCGAGUUAAAAAACUAAUCGUCGAGUACGAGGAAGAGAUCGAUCGUCAGCGCAGACUGCUGGAUAUCGUUUGGAGACACGAAAUGAAGUUACACAGGAUAGAGCUCCCACAGCAACAUGUCUGGAAGGAGGAGGAGGUUCUGGCUGACCAGCAGCUCUGUAUUCAGGAGAGGAACUCCAGUCUGGACCAAGAGGACCCAGAGCCUCCACAGAUUAAAGAGGAACAGGAGGAACUCUGUACCAGUCAGGAGGGAGAGCAGCUUGUACUGAAGCAGGAGACUGAUACCUUUAUGUUGACUCCUACUUAUGAGGAAAGAGACCACAGUGAAGCAGAACUGAAAAGUGACCACCAGCUCCUCUCUCACAGCUGUCAUGUAGCUGAGAGCCAAGAUCCGAAAGGAGGCGAGCAUGAAGACUCAGGAUCAACUAGAGAUGCAGAGCCAGAACAAAAGAAUGAAGAUCACAAAAGCAGAAGCCACAGAAACAAUGUAAACAAGUCUACCAUGUCAGAGGUUCACCAUAAUCCUCACACAGGUAAAAACUCCUGUGACACAUGUGGAAAAGGUUUUAAGAGGAAGUCAGAUUUGCAGAAACACCUGAGAAUUCACACAGGUGAGAAGCCGUAUUCUUGCAGCAGCUGUGGAAGAAGAUUCAGAUACACAUCAGAUUUGAGCGUUCAUAUAAGAAUCCACACAGGUGAGAAACCAUUUUCCUGUAAAAUAUGUGGGAAAGACUUCAGAACUAGCAGUGUCUUGAUAGUUCACAUGAGAACCCACACAGGUGAGAAGCCGUACCUUUGCAAGACCUGCGGCAAAAGAUUCAGUGACAUUUCAGCAUUGAAAACACAUAUGACAGUCUACACAGGUGAGAAGCCGUAUACUUGCAGCAGCUGUGGAAGAAGAUUCAGAUACAUAUCAGAUUUGAGCGUUCAUAUACGAAUCCACACGGGUGAGAAACCAUUUUCCUGUGAAACGUGUGGGAAAUACUUCAGAACUAGCAGUCAGUUGAAAGUCCACAUCAGAACCCACACAGGUGAGAAGCCGUACCUUUGCAAGACCUGCAGGAAAAGAUUCAGUGACAUUUCAGGAUUGAAAGCACAUAUGACAAUCCACACAAAUGAGAAGCCGUAUACUUGUAAAACAUGUGGAAAAGAUUUCAGAGCUAGUGGGCACUUGAACGUUCACAUGCGAUAUCACACUGGGGAGAAGCCGUACCUUUGUAAGACCUGUGGGAAAUGUUUCUGUGAAAUGAAAAAGUUGAAAACACACAUGACAUCCCACAGCAGUGAGAAGCCAUAUACUUGUGAAACAUGUGGGAGAUCUUUUAGACAGAGAAGUGGCUUGACAGUCCACAUGAGAAUAGCCCACACAGGUGAGAAGCCAUAUGUUUGCAAGACCUGCGGGAAAAGAUUCACUCAGAUUUCAGGCUUAUCAGGUCAUAUAAGAAUCCACACAGGUGAAAAGCCGCAUACUUGUAAAACAUGUGGGCAGUCUUUUAGCCAGAGUGGUCAGUUGAUAGUACACAUUAGGAGAGCCCACACAGGUGAAAGGCCGUACCUUUGCAAAAUCUGUGGGAAAAGAUUCAGUGACACUUCAGGAUUGAAAACACAUAUGAGAACCCACACAGGUGAGAAGCCGUAUACUUGUGAAACAUGUGGGAAAUCUUUUAGCCAGAGUUGUCACUUGAAAGUCCACAUGAGAAGAGCCCACAUUGGUGAGAAAACGUAGCUUUGCACGAUCUUCUGGAAAAUAUAUUCUAAUUUGUCCAAUUUGACACAGUACAGAAGAUCGCACACAGGCAUGUAGCAUAUAUGUUGUAGAUAAUUCAGUUCCAGAGGUUUGUGGUUUAAACACACAUAAACCCGCAGAAGUAAGGAGCUGCUUCAUUGCAGCAUUUGUGGGAAAAGUUUUACUGAAAUUGCAUACUUAAAAAUAACACCCGUGGAUCAAUAUACAGAGGAGAAAUCAUCCAGCUGAAACUCCUGUGGAGAUGUGCAUGUACAGCCCUCUGAAAUCAGUUUUUUUUGUUGUUUUUGUUUUUUGAGAUUCUGUUUAAUUUCAAAAUUCUGUGAUUUAUGUUUUCAUUUUUCUGAAUACUGUCUUUUACUGUUCAAGCACAUUUUGUCAUCAGAAAAAGUGUUUAAUUAUGUUGAAGAUUAAUAAAAUACCAACAAUUCAAAAAGAAAA